AUGCCAUCGCCUCAUGUGAGAUGGUCACUGAUUGAUUCAAAUUUUUAUGGAUAAUUGGGAAAGGAUACAAAUACGAAAACUUGAAACAUUUUCUUCACAAAUUCAAUAAUUCGCGUGACAUGCGCAUCCGGCCUCCCGUCCCUCUGUCUGCUGCACCUCCACAGUCUCUCACUCGGCCAGCUAACUGUCUCACACUCUCUCAUCUCUCAACAGUCCCUUGUCGCCAUUUAACCCCCGACAGGUCAACCCCACGCUCAUUCCGCGCAUUUCUUCAUUUGUCCCUAUUCCAGUCAAUCAAUAUUGGCCAAACUGCAAGUUGCUAUUCAGUCCGUCAUCUCGUAAGUCUGUUUGCUGUAAGCAGAACUCAAUUAGAAACCAUUGUUUCUGCGUUUGCGCUUAUUUCGAAAAAUUUAGGAAGCAAAAACUAUUUUCUUCUCUGUUCUCUAGCAGUUUUCGGAAAUUUCAACCGAAUAAUGAGAAUGACUAGGAAGUAUUCCCAUAUAAUGCUUUCUGGGAGCUCAUAGAUGUUUUUUGCUUGUACCUUUGUGCCAUACCUUUUGUUCCGACCUUACCCCAGGUCAUGUUUCUAGAAUCGGAAGUCGGAAGUGGAAAAGAGAAAAGUUCAUCCGGAAAUCGGAAGUCGGAAAGAAAGUCCUUUCUCCCAUUUUCAGCAAAGAGGUUAAAGGACCAGGGAACCCAAAAAUUUUUUGAUUUUUUUGUGAAAUGUUUUUGUGACCGUUUGAAUUGUCUUUUAUUGCCUCAUACACUGGUGAAAUGCUGCCUCUCAAAAAUGCCAUUGAACGAAACGGCAUGCAGUUGAAGUUGUGGCCGUGGCCUAGCGCCAAUGGCCGAAAAAUAUAUAUAAAUAUAUGCGCUUCUCGGCCAUUUUAUUUUUUCCGCUUUUUUACCGGUUUUUUUACAAAAAUUCACGGUUUCUCCUAUUUUUCAGUUGAUUGACAUUUGUUCGGCACUUACUUAUUUUUUCACUGCUAAAAAAUUGUUUUCAUUCAGUCGAUAUGAAGUGCCAAAAUGGGAGAAACCGUGAAUUUUUGGAAAAAAACCGGUAAAAAAGCGGAAAAAAUAAAAUGGCCGAGAAGCGCGUAUAUUUUUAUAUAUUUUUCGGCCAUUGGCGCUAGGCCACGGCCACAACUUCAACUGCAUGCCGUUUCGUUCAUUGGCAUUUUUGAGAGGCAGCAUUUCACCAAUGUAUGAGGCAAUAAGAGACAAUUCAAACAGUCACAAAAACAUUUCACAAAACAAUCAAAAAAUUUUUGGGUUCCCUGGUCCUUUAAUAGUUUUAGGUGUAAUGUGACUGAAUCGUCGAACAUGUGCUAAGCGGGAUAUGUUUGUGGACUACAACCCUCUUGACGAACCUUUUAUUCACCGAGCCUGAUGACUCUUUUAUUCAAAACCUUCGUUUGGCCCAUUUUUGAAUGCGGCAUACAUAUGUCCUUCUAAGAAAGCUACGAUAAGAGAAAUUGAACAGGUUCAGAGUAACUUCUCUCGUAAACUUCGGUUACGGAAAAUAGGAGCUUUUGUACCUCGAGAUUCGCCAAACUACAUAAACGCUAGUGAACGUUGCCGUCAAUUUAAUCUCGAAUCACUAGAAACUCGCCGCUCACAUUUAGAUAAUAAGUUUUCACUCAAAUUGUUAGCCAACAAAGUAGACAUAAAUCCCAAUGACUUCUUUCUACACUCAAACUCUACACGUACUAGACGGAGCCACGUUUACCGAUGGAAGAGUCCGAAAUCGAAACUAAGGCACAACUUCUUCACUCACAGAGUCUUGUCUAAAAUGAAUCCGGCACGAGCAUAUGUAAAAUGAUGAUCUUUUUUUGUAUGUGUUGGCAAGUAGCUGAAGAAUCAACCCAUUCCUUUUAAUCUUAUUCUCCUCGAAUAUUUCGGUUUGCCAUCUAUCUGCGACGACUCUUCCACUUGGUUUCAGCUUAUCGCUAUUGAUUUUCAGUCACUUUGUAACAUAAUUUCAAAAUCGUUUCGCUGUUUUUUUUUCUUUCCUCUGUUUUCCUCCUGUUCUCCAAAAACUGCUAGUUUUGAUCAAGUGUUAUGAAAAGUUAAUUCCAGGGUAGUGAUGGUCAGCUUUGACAAAAUGAUAUCGGAUUCGAAAUGUGAAGGAUGCCGGAAGUAUCAAGCAUGCGUGUACCAUGUAAGUUAUUCAUUUUGAUUUUGAACAAUAGGCAGACCAUUUGGACUUCAUUGAUAUAUUUCUCAUUAACUCACGCUUUAUGUUUUCAGAUGACAAAGGCCAUUCUGGAACGGACCGAGUCUCCGAAUUCUCCGAGACUAGGAUUUUCUGAAGAGUCUUCAACCCCUUCGUCACCAGCUAAGAGUGUUUUCACCGAUUUCGAGACGGGCAAAGUCGAGUCGGAUGCUUCCGGAGAGUUGAGCCCUGAGACCGCCUCUCCCAACCCGCAGCCGUUCCACUUGGCCUCUCCUGUGAUCUCCAAGCAUGAAACGGCGUCUACGACUCUUCCGAUCUUCACGGAGCCGGCUCGAUCCUCACGUCUUGCCCAGAGCGAUCUCUAUGCGAAACACUGUUACAACUGCAACGUGACGUGGACUACCGCCUGGAAACGCGACGAGAAUUGGAACCUUCUCUGCAGCCCGUGCGCGAUUUACUGGAAAGCGUACGGAAAGGCUCGUCCGUUCAACGUGCUCAAACGCAAUACUAGAACGCGCAGAAGCAAUGUGAAGAAGGUGAAAGGAGGAUCGAGCAACACAAAGGACAUGGCUCCGAUUAGCGACUUCUUGCGAGGAGUUGGAGACGCCGUGUACGGACCGACGACGUCCGCAGCGAUGAAGGAGAAUGACAUUCCGGAUACUAAUCUUCUGCCAUGA